AUGGAGGACGGGGCGGGGAAGAUAGGGGCCGCCACCCGGGAGAGAAACAAACACUCCAAAGUGUCGGACCUGAUCAGCCGCUUUGAGGAAAACAGUGCCGAGAGGCACAACAAUGGUGCCCUUGUCCCGACCACUCGGACAGUUAGAGGCCGAGAAAACGCUCAGACAGGAGCAGCCAAGCCGGUCUUCCUGUUUUUUUCCCUCUGCUUUGGCGUUCUGAAAACAGAAUCUGUUCAUCUAAUCGUCCACCAGGAAAACCGGACCGUGGGGAUUACCUGUCUGGUGGAGCCGGAGCAGAAAGAAGGAAUGACCCAACGGCUUCUGAGAGAAGAAUUAGCCGACUAA